UUCAACGACCAACAAGGCUACUUAUUCAACCAUUUCGGUAGCUUGUUAGUCAACAUGAAAGCGGAACAUUUAAGCUCUUUUGACCAUUCUUGUAAAUAUUAAUCAGUGUUUUAAAGACAAUUAUGUGUACGUAUUAACGUAAAAGUCAUUUGCUUGUAAAAUUGACCAAUUUGUCAAAAAAGGUAUACUAGCACCAGGCUAGUUGCAAAUGCUAACUAGCUAGCUAGCUAGCUAACAUCCCCGACCAUGAGUUCACUAAGUUACUCCCCCCCUGCUAAAGAACAGGUCUGCUGGAUGGAGAAAGAAGCUCUGGGUCUGAACAUUGUCGUAAAAGAAGAGGAUAUUACAGUGAAAGAAGAAAAUUAUGUUACAGUGAAAGACGAGAAAGAACCUUUUGGAGAGGAAGAGGGGAUAGAGGCUGUCACAGUGAAAGAGGAAGAGGGGAUAGAGGCUGUCACAGUGAAAGAGGAAGAGGGGAUAGAGGCUGUCACAGUGAAAGAGGAAGAGGGGACAGAGGCUGUCACAGAAAAAGAGGAAGAGGGGAUAGAGGCUGUCACAGUGAAAGAGGAAGAGGGGAUAGAGGCUGUCACAGUGAAAACAGAAGAGGGGAUAGAGGCUGUCACAGUGAAAGAGGAAGAGGGGAUAGAGGCUGUCACAGUGAAAGAGGAAGAAGGGUUAGAGGCUGUCACGGUGAACGAGGAAGAGGGGAUAGAGGCUGUCACAGUGAAAACAGAAGAGGGGAUAGAGGCUGUCACAGUGAAAGAGGAAGAGGGGAUAGAGGCUGUCAGAGUGAAAGAGGAAGAAGGGUUAGAGGCUGUCACGGUGAACGAGGAAGAGGGGAUAGAGGCUGUCACAGUGAAAACAGAAGAGGGGAUAGAGGCUGUCACAGUAAAAAAGGAAGAGGGGAUAGAGCCUGACACAAUGGAAGAGGAGGUGGUAGACUCUUUCAGAAUUAAAAAAGAGGAAGAGGAGGCUAUCACAUUGAAAGAAGAAGAGGAUGUUACAGUGAAAGAAGAGAAAGAACCUUUUGGAGUAAAAGAGGAAGAGGAGGCUAUCACAUUAAAUGAAAAGGAGGAUGGUAUAAUGGAAGAAGAGGAGGCUGUCUCAAAAGAGGAAGACGUUUUGGGAGUAAAAGAAGACGGGGAUGAGGAGGAGGACGAGCCUGAAGAUCCGAUUACCACCAGAGAGAGACCAGCCUCUUACUCUGACAGCGGGAGUACUUCAGGGGAACCAGACCCAGAGAUGCCCAAACCAGUGAAACCACACCACUGCUCCCAAUGUGGAAAUAGAUUUUUCUCAUCGGGUGACCUGAAAAAGCAUAAGAGAACACACUCUGUAGAGAGGCCUUUCCAAUGCUCUCAGUGUGGAAAGAGAUUUAUCCAGUCAUCACAUUUGAAAGAGCAUAAGAUAAUACACACAGGAGAGAAGCCUUUCCAAUGCUCCCAGUGUGGCAAUAGUUUUACCCGGUUAAGGGACCUGAAUAGGCAUAAAGGAAUACACACAGGUGAGAAGCCUUACCACUGUUGUCAUUGUGGACAGAGCUUUAGGUGGUUAUUGACCCUGAAAACACAUGAGAGGACACAUACAGGAGAGAAGCCUUUCCAAUGCUCCCAGUGUGGAAAUGCUUUUACACGGUUAGAGAAGCUGAAAGAACAUAAGAGAAUUCACACGGGAGAAAAGCCCUUCCAAUGCUUGCAGUGUGAAAAGAGAUUUAUCCAGUCAUGGCAUCUCAAAGAGCAUGAGAGGAUACACACAGGGGAGAAGCCUUUCCAAUGCUUCCAGUGUGGAAAGAGUUUUACCCGGUUAAGGUACCUGAAAAAGCAUAAAGGAAUACACACGGGAGCAAAGCCUUACCACUGUUCUCAUUGUGAACAGAGUUUUAGGUGGUUAGUGAGCCUUAAAACACAUGAAAGAAUACACACAGGAGAGAAACAUUUCAACUGCUCUCAAUGUGGAAUUACUUUUACCUUGUUAGGGAGCCUGAAGUCACACCAGAGGACACAUGAUAAAAGCCAUACCACUGCUCUCAUUGUGGAAAGAGGACAUGAAAUCACAUGAUCGAAUAUAAAGGCCAUAUUUGCGAACAUAAGCAAGCAUUUAAAGUUAAAUAAAAAAAAAUAUUUCAGCUCAUGAAACAUUGGACCAACGCUUUACAUGUUGCAUUUUUGUUCAGUAUAACUUUAAAUGCUUAUGUUCACAAGUAUAGCCCGCUGUUUUCUGAAGCAUGUUUUUGACUGAAAAUGUGUGUGUUUGUUUAUGCAACAUGAAAUCAAAUUGUCUACAUUGAGUCAGGGGUCUUCAACAGAUCGAUCACAAGCUAUCUCAAUCCAAUUGAGCGUCUGUGGGAUGAGACGUAACGAGCUAUUCGGGGUAGAGAUUCACUACCAGCCAACUUGACACAAGUGUGGGAAGCAUUGCAGUCAACAUGGGCCAGCAUCCCUGUGGAAUGUUUUUGACACCUUGUACUGUCCAUGCCCCGACAAAUUGAGGCUGUUUUGAGGGCAAAAGGGGAUGUAACUCAAUAUUAGGAAUGUGUCCACUAGUGGACGUUUAUUAUAUAUAUAUCUACAUGAUGUAUUGUUACUCCAUGUUUCAUCAUUAGAUGCUACAGUCCUCCUUUAAGACUCCAUCAUGUUUCAUCAUUAGAUGCUACAGUCCUCCUUUAAGACUCCAUAAUGUUUCAUCAUUAGAUGCUACAGUCCUCCUUUAAGACUCCAUAAUGUUUCAUCAUUAGAUGCUACAGUCCUCCUUUAAGACAAUAUAAUGUUUCAUCAUUAGAUGCUUCAGGCCUCUUUUAAGAUCAAAUAUAAACAUUUAACAAAGCAGAAAUGUGUGUCAUGUGAAGCUUUACUACUUGCUCUGUAAUAGUAUUUUGAUUUCAGUAACACUUUUCUUAUUAUAUAAAAUGUAUCAUAUUUGAUUUGGUCAAAUGUUUUAAUAUAUUGUUGAAAGGCUUUUAACUGUGCUGUGAUUUUAACUGCUGCUUUACUAUGUGUGCUAAUGAGUACGCCGUAUAUGCUUUCUGUAUGUGUAUUUUAUCUAGACAACUUGGUGAGGUGAAUGUUUUUAUUGAUUGUAUGGAACCCAGGACCCUGGAAAACAGUGGCAAUUGUUAUUGAGUGGACUAUCCUGGCUAAAUCAAUCAAAUGAAAUGAACAUGAAAUACUCUACAGCUGUAGUAUACCUAUCACAGUUACAGAGUGGGAUCUCUGCUACUUGGAGAGUUAUGAUCCAAUUUGUAAGCUUUACCAACAGAGGGAAUGUGCUUUUUUUUUUUUUUUUAUUGAUCGCCCUCUGCUGGUGAUUUGCAGGGUGUGCAAUGAUACAAGGAAAACGUUGGCUGUAAUUACAAUAAGUUUUGAUUAAUGCAACAUAAUUUUAUUUGAAUUAAA